GAAAUGGAAGCGUCAACACUAGUUGGAAACAUCUUACUCACUAUUGUGUGAAAGGAAGAGAGAGAAAGAUAAGAGAAAGAUCAAGAUUGGACGGGUGGCUGUUGUGGUCUGGUAGAAAUCUCUCACCAUCUAUUGUGAAUUGGGCAAAGUUGCCCACACACACUUGCUUUUCGUUACCACCUCUUUCUCUGUAGUUUCUAUAUAGUCAAUCACAGACUUUUCAUUACUAGCUACUCACAAGACCACUUCGCUUCUUUAAUUGGUGGCGGCCUGGAGUUGAUGCACUAGCGCAGAGAGAAGAAGCGAAGAGCCUCCCUUCGCCUCCCUCGCCUUAAUCAUCUUUCUUAAGUCUCAAGAGGGAGGUAGCUUCUGGUCUACGGUAUAUAUCACCAUGAGUUCCAUCUUUGAAACAACAGGGAGUUGGAAAGUUGAUGUCCACUAUGUAACUACCGGCGUCCCUGGCAGGGUUGAAGAGAAUUUGGAAGGAUUUUUCCUUGAACAUGGUGAUCUCUCCCUUGAAGAGGUUCUCCAAGAUCAGGAAACUGUGUAUCAAUCACUCCAGGCAAGUAAUGGGAAUGACUGGACUAGAGCUCCUACAAGCGGUGGCUCUAAUGUGAAUCAUGGAGAAAGUGGUGGGGAGGAAGAGGAUGGGAAAAAAGAGGGAGAAUCUUCACACGCUGCAGAUGUUGAGGCACAAUUAAAAAUGGAUGAAGCUUUAGCUAUAAGUUUGCAGGCGGAGGAGAAUCAGUUAGUUGUUUCCUCCGUUGGCGAGUCAACUGGAACUGAAGCAGUUAACGGAGAGAUCGAUUCCACAGACACUUCGUCCCAGGCUGCGAGACAAGACAACAUUGAUCCAGAUAGCAUGACAUAUGAGGAAAGGCAAGCACUAGGAGAGUCUAUUGGCACUGAGAGUAGAGGAUUAUCAGAAGAUCUUAUUUCAUGUUUACUAACAUCCAAGUACAGUACAGGGGGAUUCUUCUCAAAAAAAGAAAAAACUGAGGAGUGUGUGAUCUGUCUUGCGUCGUACAAAAACCGUGUUAAAUUGAUCACCUUGCCAUGCAAGCACCGAUAUCAUGCAAAAUGCAUCAAAAAGUGGUUGAAGACAAAUAAGGCAUGCCCUGUGUGCUCUGAGGAAGUAUUUGGGUCUUGAUCUUGGGAAAAGCUUGAAUUGAAGUAAAUGCCAUCGCUCCUAUAAUGGGUAGCUAUGGAUCAGAUUUGGUACGUAAAACAGGACGGUACUUGUUGUCUAGUCAUAUUCAGAAUCAUGGAUUAAGGAAGGAUAUAAUUAGUCAUAUAUGCUGCUUGUAUGGUUUUGGAAGUUCUCUAGCUGUACUAUGUAAAUGAAAAUAUAAUCAGUGCCAUAGGGAAUGGUUUCUUCUAUGCACAGCGUAAAUGGAUUGAUGUUGAUACCUCUGUGGAUUAGUACAUAAAGGUUUCCAUUGUGCAGUAAUAAUGAUGACCGAAUAAUUACUUAAAAAAGUGUUUUCAUUA